AUGUCGAGGAAAUUAAAGAAGACCAAUUUGUUUAGCAAAGAUAUUGCUUCGCUGUUAUAUGCAUAUGGAGAUAGCCCGCAGCCUCUUCCGGAGACUGUGCAGUGUGUGGAUGAGCUAGUGGUGGGUUAUCUGACGGACAUCUGCACGAGUGCUUACAAAUGCGCUCAAACGGUGCAUAGGACGAAGAUUAAGGUUGAAGAUUUUAGGUUUGUGUUACGAAAUGAUGCAGUGAAGUUGGGGCGGGCAGAGGAGCUGAUAGCGAUCAAUAAGGUGAUUGUGGACGCUAGAAAGCAGUUUGAUAAUUCAGAGGGGAAGUCUUUGAAGCGUGUGAAUAACAAGGAAGAGGAUCUAGAUGAUAUUCCGGAGGAAGACGGGGAGGAUCUUAGUGAUAUUAUCAGCAUGCGGAAUCCUGUUUCGCAGGGCAUCGUUACGAAGAAGGGGAAGAAGGCAAAGAAGAGAAAGACGUCAGGCAAAACAUGA